UUCACACCUCAUUAUGAUCUCGUCAGGGUAUGUUCAGGAUGCCACAUGGAGAUUACUGUGAGUUGAUCAAAGUACCAAUACAGCGCACUUUCUUUUUUUUCCAGAGGAAAUCCAGCUGCCAACUUGAAAACAGACCCACCCAUUUUGACACACACAUAAAGUGUCCAGUUAACAAAAGUCUAUAUACAUAGUUGGGCAAAAGGAGGAAGUCCAUCUCAGACAGACACGCCGUAUCCUUAAGAAGGAAGUCAAGUAACAAGAUCUUAACUGGGAAAAAGAUGGGAAACGAGCAGUCAGUAAACAUAGAAGAGCUAUCCAAGAAUGGGACAAUUCCUGAAAAGCAUGAGAAUGGAACCGUGAAUGGCAUCUCUAUAGAAGUCACGUCUGGCGGACUGGAGAUUAAUGGUAAAAGUGAAACUACAGUCUGCCAAAAUGGCAAGGCCCACUCUUUAAACUCUGCCAUACAAUCAACUGAUGUGAUCGUCAAAUCAGAGUGUCAACCUGAUAUUGCCCAAGCUGUUUCUGAAGUUUCUGACACCAAAAUCCAAGCCGUUUCUGAAGCCCCUGACACCAACACCCAGAAGGAAGAGGUCAAGAAAAGCAAAGGAGAAAGAGGUCGUCGUCAUUUUGGCAAAUUGUUCAAAAAGAAAACAGAACCUAAAGCUGAAGCUGAGACUGUUGAAGAGAAAGAAAAAGAGACACAGAGUGAAGAUCAAGUGGAUGUAAGUGUUCCUCCCACUGAGCCACAGCAGGAGACGGCUAACCUAAACCACGAGCCUGAAUCAUUAAAGGAGCCAGAGAGGGUGACUCCAGUCUCCAGUCCCAAGGAAGAAAACGUUCCUGAAACUGACAACGGAGACAGUGAGCCCGUGGAAAGCAAAGAGGAGAGUAACCCAGAAGAGAAUCCAGUUAUGAACUUCUUCAAAACCCUAGUGACCCCUACUAAAACGUCCAAAAAGGAAACGGCUACUCCCGAUGCCGCUAAAGACAAGUCCCAGAAGGAGACCCAACCAGCGGCAACCACUACUGUUGCACAAAUAUCUGAACCGCCUGCAGCACCCAAAGGAAUGUCUGUCCCACCACCCCCACCUCCAGAGCCACCGAAAGUGGAAAUCAAAGGAGAGCCAACUGCCAAACCUGUAAAGGCCUCUGCGAAAGAAGAACCUAAAGCUGCUGGAAAGGAGCCUGUGUCCUCGAAAGGAAAAUCAGCCAAAGAUACUCUGAGCAAAUUUUUCCGCCAGAAGGAGACACCAGUGGAGGUGCCAGCGCUUGUUGUAGAAGUGCAGAUUCAAAAUGAGGUUGAACCUCAGGAGGCAGCAGCAGUGGGGGAAGAGCCUGUUGUAGAAGUGCAGAUAAAGGAAGAGGUACCACAACCAGUGGUAGAAACUGAGACGGUGGAUUCCUCAAAAGCUGGCACCCAGGAGGCUGCUGCAAAACCAGAGCCGCCGCCACCUGCUCAGGAAGAAAAGAAAAGCGCCUCAAAAUCCCCAUUCCUUUCUUUCUUCAAGCCCCAAGUGCUAUUAGAUCACAUGACCACAAAAGUCCAGGCAGCCUCCACAAGUGGAGUUCGGCUCCUCAGGAAAACUACUGGACUGGCUGCUGAGCCCAAGAAGGUGACCCCAACCCCACCUGCAGCAGCGGAGGCAGCUCAAGCAGUUAAAGCCAAGGAGGAACCUAAAGUGGCAGCCAAGUCUUCAGAGCAAGCUGCAGAUAACAAACCAGCCUCUGUGCCUUCCCAAGCUGGCGAUGAUGCAGCCAGUGUGCCCAAAAAACUGGAAAAGAGGAACUCCAUUCAGCUAUUCUUUAAAAAUCUGACUCAGAAACGUCCUUCUACAGACGCCGGAGUCCAGACAGAGCCACUGACCGCUGCUCAAGGAGCUGAGAAAGCCAAAUGAGACCAGAAGCAACCCUUACGUUUUCCUGUACAGUCUCCUUCCCUCCUUCUCACUUGUACUCAGUCCUUCUUUUUCUCUCUUAUCACCUUCUUGAAUCCCCUGAGUUACUUUGAUUACUUUGUUUUUUAAUUGUUACUGCUUAAAAGUCACAAUAGCAAAGGUAAGGUUUUGGAAGAAUAAAGGAAAGUGGACAGAACAGUUAGCAGGGAGUUGAACUUGUGGAGAUUUAAAAUGGUCAGAGGUUGUUUGGACAUAUUUUUUGUCACAUAAAUGUGACAUUUUCUACAGACGUUUAAAAUGACUUUUCUCUGUUUUGCAAUCUAACAUACUGGGCUUAUGCAAUAUAUAGUGCCAUGCUUUGCCUUGAACAACUAUUUUGUGUUAAAUCGAUAAAACUCAAUGUCAUAUAGGUUCUAUUUUUACACUUCACACCAGAGAAUUCACGCAGUUAAGGUAAUGCAGUGGUUAACAUGAAGGACGUAGAUAUGAGUCAUAGAAAUGCUCUUAAUGGAGCUGGUCUAAGGAGUAUUAAAGUUUAUAUAGCAGAGUGUGCUUACAGAUUUUUGAACUCUAUGCAAGUUAUAUGUGGACUCAAACAAAAAGGUACAUGCCAGAACAGCUAUCUUUUAGCUUAUAUGGGACAUCACAAUCUCUACUGAUCUUUGGGGAACUGAUUGUAAAUACUCAACAAAUGCUUAAAAAUGCAUCCGAGGUAUUGAAACAGUGUCUUUGUGCAAAUGUGUCCUUGUGGUAUGCUCUGCAUUACUCAUAAAUCACAACCGAGAAGCUUUUAUUUUGAUUUUAGCACUUUGUCUCGUGUCAACUAACAAAAGUUUUCCAGUGUAAGUAAACUGUGUCAGGCGUAUGUGCAAUUAAUGUGACGCUGUAGUUUGUCGUUAUGUAGUGUGUAUGUGAAACUUGAGCUAUCCUGAAGACAAUAAAUGCAAAUAAAUAUACCACAUGCCUGUUU